AUGGCGGACGCCGUCCUCUGCUGCCUGGCCACCUACCUGGAGGAGCUGGAGGCGGCGGAGCUGAGCAGCUUCAAGGUGUACCUGGGCCUGGAGGCCGAGAGGGAGGGCCAGGAGAGAGUGCCCCGCGGGCGGAUGGAGAAGGCGGGGCCCCUGGACCUGGCCAAGAUCCUGGUGGCCCACUGGGGCCCCGCCGAGGCCUGGGAGCUGGCCCUUCGCGUCUUCAGCCGCAUCCGCAGGAAGGACCUGUGGGAGCGAGGCUGCCGAGAGCCUCUGGGGAGGGACGUCCCGCCUUCCCUGGAGCUCACCGCCUCGGACUCCUGCGGGCGAGAGUCUGCGAGCUUGGCCGAGGCCUGGCCGGGAGGCCCAAAGAAAGAUCCCCAGGAAACGUACCGCGAACACGUCAGGCGCAAAUACCGCUUCAUCGAGGACAGGAACGCGCGCCUGGGGGAGCUCGUGAACCUCCGCCAGAGAUACACGCGGCUGCUGCUGGUGAAGGAGCACGCCAGCCGGAGCCGGGCCCAGCACGAGCUCCUGGCCAUGGGACGGCAGCACGCCCUGUGCCUGGACCAGCGGGCCAGCCCCAUCCACAUAGAGACCUUGUUCGAGCCCGACGAGGACAGACCGGAGGCGCCCCACUGCGUGGUCCUGCGGGGCGCCGCCGGGAUCGGGAAGUCCAUCCUGGCCCAGAAGGUCAUGCUGGACUGGGCCGAGGGGCGCCUGUACUCGGAGCGCUUCGACUACCUCUUCUACGUGAACUGCCGCGAGAUGAACCAGGCGCGGGAGAGGAGCCUGGAAGAGCUGAUCUCGGGCUGCUGGCCGGAGAGGCCCGUGCCCGUCGCCGAGAUCGUCCGGGCCCCGGAGAGGCUCCUCUUCAUCAUCGACGGCUUCGACGAGCUGCGGGCCUCCUUCCACCAGCCGGCGGACUGCAGCUGCCUCCGGCGGGGUGAGAGGAGGCCUGUGGAGUCCCUCCUGAGCUGCCUGCUCACCAGGAAGCUGCUCCCCGAGCUGUCGCUGCUCAUCACCACGAGGCCCAGCACGCUGGAGACUCUCCGCCAGCUGCUCGAGCACCCCCGGCACGUGGAGAUCCUGGGCUUCUCGGAGGCCCAGCGCCGGGAGUAUUUCUACAAGUUCUUCAGGGACGAGGAGCAGGCGCGGCGGGGGCUGGGCCUGGUGCGCGACAACGAGCCGCUGUUCACCCUGUGCUUCGUGCCCAUGAUGUGCUGGAUCGUGUGCACCUGCCUCAAGCAGCAGCUGGAGGCGGGCCGGCCCUUCCCCCACACCUCCAAGACCACCACGGCCGUCUACAUGUUCUAUCUGCUGAGCCUGCUGCAGCCCGCGGCGGGGGGCUCCCGGGCCCGGCCGCCCCCCGGCCUCAGGGGCCUCUGCUCCCUGGCGGCCGCCGGCCUCUGGCGCCAGCGCAUCCUCUUCGACGAAGACGACCUGCGGCGGCACGGCCUGGAGGCGGCCGACGUGUCGGCCUUCCUCAACAUGAACAUCUUCCACAAAGACAUCCAGCGCGAGCGCUACUACAGCUUCAUCCACCUGAGCUUCCAGGAGUUCUUCGCCGCCAUGUUCUACGUCCUGGACGGGGAGCUCGGGGCCUCCCCGGCCGGCCUCCUGAGGCUCCUGGACCACCACGCCAAGUGCGAGAGGAGCGCCGUGGCGCUCACCGUGCGCUUCCUCUUCGGGCUCCUCAACGAGGAGAGACGCGGCGACCUGGAGAAGCAGCUCGGAUGGAGGAUCUCCCCGAGGACCAAGAGGGACCUGCUGCGGUGGAUCCAGGCCAAGGCGCGGAGCGAAGGCUCCACGCUGCAGCGGGGCGCCCUGGAGAUCUUCACGUGCCUCUACGAGAUCCAGGAGGAGGCCUUCAUCCAGAGAGCCCUGGACUCCUUCCAGGUGGUCGUGGUCAGCGAGAUGGCCACCAAGAUGGAGCACGUGGUCUCCUCGUUCUGCGUGAGGAACUGCUGGAGCGCCCUCGUGGUCCACCUGAGCAGCGCCGAGUUCGGCGCCGACGGGGAGCCGGACCCGGAGGGUGACGCCUGCGCAGCCCUGCUGGCCGGAGCGGAGGGACCCCAGGAGCAGCCUCUGAAGCCGGCCCCGCCGCCGCCGGGGGAGAAGAACAUCCUGCCCGAGGCCUACUGCGAACACCUGGCCGCUGCCCUCAGCACCAACCGCAGCCUGGUGGAGCUGGCGCUGUACCGGAACGCCCUGGGGGAGCGAGGCGUGAGGCUGCUGUGCCAGGGGCUCCGCCACCCCAACUGCCAGCUCCAGAACCUGCGGCUGAAGCGAUGCCGAAUCUCUAGUGCUGCCUGCCAGGAUAUCUCAUCUGCUCUCAUGACCAAUCAGAAUUUGAUCCGGCUAGACCUGAGCAGGAACAUCCUGGGAGCCACAGGCGUGAGGCUGCUGUGUGAGGGCCUCCGGCACCCCAAGUGCCGCCUCCAGAUGCUGCAGUUGAGGAGGUGUCAGGUGGAUGGAGAAGCUUGUCAGGAGCUCUCCAAGGUCCUGAGCACCAGCCAGCACUUGACGGAGCUGGAUCUGACAGGCAAUGCCCUGGGGGACUUGGGGCUGCAGUUCCUGUGUCCCGGCCUCAGCCAUUCUGCCUGUAAGCUGCAGACAUUGUGGUUAAAGAUCUGCCAUCUGACACCCGCUGCCUGUCAGAAUCUGUCCUCUGUCCUCAGCACCAGCCAGAACCUGACGGAGCUGGACCUCAGCUUAAACGACCUGGGAGAUGCGGGGGUGAAGUCCCUCUGUGAGGGAUUGUGCCAUUCCAAGAGCCAACUGCAGACGCUUCGGUUGGGCAUCUGCCGUCUUACGUUUGUCUCCUGUGAGGCUUUGUCCACCACCCUCCAGUCCAACGUUCAUCUCAAGGCCCUGGAUGUGAGUUUCAAUGACCUUGAAGACAUGGGGGUGCAUCUGCUCUGUGAGGGUCUGCAGCACCCCAACUGUAAGCUUCACAAACUGUGGCUCGAUAGCUGCUGCCUCUCCGGGGCCGCCUGCAGGGACCUGGCCUCCGCCCUGGGGGCCAACCAGACCCUGCGAGAGCUGUACCUCACCAACAACGCUCUGGGGGACGUCGGGGUGCAACUUCUGUGCGAGAGGCUGCGCCAGCCCAGCUGCAGGCUCCGAACCCUAUGGUUGUUUGGUACAGAGCUGACUGAGGACACCCAGCAGGCCCUGGCCGCCCUUCGAGGAUCCAAGCCGCACCUAGACAUUGGCUCCUGAGGAGCUCUGGCCAGCCAUGGGACCUCUCAAGCCCAGGACUCCUCAUCGGCCACACCAGGGAAGCCGGGGCUCCCUUUCUGCUAGCACAGACCAGGCUCCCCAAGUUCUCUCUCUUUUGAUCAGGAAACACUGGGUGAGACGCCCUUGCAGGCACUUCCACUACUGACAGGCCUGUCCUGGGUCUGAUGUUGGACAAGACGGGCUGUGCGAUCACUGCUCAUCCCAAGAGUUUCGAGUCCUAGUCGGGGAACUCCUGCGCUGGCUAAGAGCUAAGAGAUGUCCCGUGAGCCCCCUUCUGCCUUGGAGAUUCUGUCACAAAGAGGUUCUUGGAUCGGCAGAAGAUUGGAUGAGGGUGGAUUCCUCCAGCGGUUGAGAGGUGAAUGGGGUACCUGCCCUCAGAAGAUCUCCUUCCUGUUUAGAGGGGACUCUGGCCGAGGCUCAGAGGGAUGGACUCUGAGCUCCCCACGUUGGGAAGUCCCGGAGGUGGCUAGUGGAAAGUCAGGCCUUCCCGAGCCAAUCUAGCCUGGGACUGUCUGACAUCAACAGGAGCUGUCUGGAAUUCCACCUUCUCUUUUGUGGCGGCCUAGAAGGGACUCAGAAUCCCUGUAAGGACUGGAUGGGUGACUUUAUCCACCAGCGAAGGCUGACAGAGAUCCGAGGACCAAAGAUAAAAGUCGGAGAGGGGACCUUUGGGGGCCCCUGGUCCAGGCCUCUCUUCUUAAGGAGGAAGAAAAUGCAGAAGCCCAGAGAGGAGUGGUCACGUAGGUGGCAAGCCAUGCGGCAUGGGAAUGGAAGCCGCGUCUUCGGGUCCAAUGCCCUGCCCGCCCUGCCCUACCGCUUGGCCUCCCAGGUCACCGCUUAUUAAGCUUCCAGGUGUGGAAUCUGUCACACUGUCACCAUAACUGGCCCCAAGAUCAGGAACUCUACACACAUUCUCAUAUUCAGCCUCAUGAAGAGACGAGUGGCCUGACAGUUAGCAUCAAGGCACGAUGGAAUUCAGAGCUUGGAACAUACUGGAGAAUCUGGCCAUGGACUCUGGGGGGCUACAUCAAGGGCCUCAGUGAACCCCAGGACCAGCAGGGGAGGAAACUGGACUGGCCCAGUGCCCUGGGGAAGAGAUGAAGUUGAGAACUGGUAGGCAGAGAGUGAGGGGAACCUCACGGCAGCCAGACAUCCGGCACUAAGUGAUCAGAAUCUUCCCAAUUCAGGUCAAUCGGACCAGGUUUAUCAGGCACCUACGAUAGAGCAGAUCCGGUAAUGGGCAGCGGGGGUCUAAAGACAAAACCCAGAGCAACCCCACGCUCGAGGACCAGAUCCUCUGCCUUCUAAUCUGAAUCCUCCAUUCCCAGUUGGGCCUGGACCAUUUUCAUACCUUCCCACCUCUAAUCCCAACCAAUUCCCAAUUCCUCGCCUUUCCAAACCUCUAUUUUCCAUCUUGCCCUACAGCUCCAAGCCCACAUCUCCAACUGUCUAGUGAACGGUUCAGACUAGACAUCAUGGGAGACUCGACAUAGCCACAAUUGAACUGUCUCCCCCUCCAAACUUCCCUGUUACUGUCAAAGGAGCCACGAGCCUCCCAGCUACCCCAGGUCACCACCUCAGGGUCCUCCUCGACUGCUCCCCAUAUCCAAUCUGUCGCCCAAACCUGUCAUUUUACCUUUGUGACAUCCCUUCUCACCUCCAAGUCUGCCAUCCGUUGGUGUGAGCCCUCAACACCUCACACCUGAACUGGGGCAAUGCUUGCUGGGGAGAAGAGGGGUCUGUCUGCCCCCUGUCUUUCCCUACUCCAUCCAGUACCAUCCAGCUGUCAGAGUGAUGAUCUCAAAGCUCAGCCUAAUCAUGUCAUUCCCCUACUCAGUAAACUCCAGUGGUUCCCUAUUGCCUCCAGAAUCAAAUACAAAAUCCUUUGCUUUGACAUUCGUUGUCAUUGUUCCGCCA